UGGGUAUUGCAGCAUUUCGAGAACAUAUUUGCACGUAAGAUUGAUUAAAAAGUACGUGUUGUGAUUGCAUAAUGAAUGCACAAAUGUCGUUGCAAAGUGGGGGCUUGAUUGGGUCUCGGACAAUUCAUUACCUUUUUGUAAUGGGCUGAAAGUCUGGAAGUGGAACUGAAGAAAGGUGUGAGGCUGAUGGGGCACAAAAAUCCGAGCUAACUAUUCACUAUUCACAAAGAACCUGGAAAAGUGGGUGAGAGCUGGUGAAAAGCCAUUGAUAAAGAAAUAAUAAUUUCCGCUCUUGUCGCCCACCAAUGCACACAGCAGAUUACAUUAAAGAAUGUAAAAUAGCCGAUAAGAAUUUCAUCAACUGUUCCACGCAAAGCAUACAACAGCUUUUCGACAAACUAAACGACGGCAUCCCGGGACUGACAAGUAUCAAAAGCUUUGAUCCAUUCCAUUUGAAUCGCAUCAGAAUAUCACAAGGCAACAGCAAUGCGAUCAAUCUCAAAGUCGAGCUGGCCAAUGUAAAGAUUAUUGGAUUUGGACAUACUAGAGUGCUAGAGAGUAUAGUUUUCAAAAAGGAUUACAGCUGGAAGACAACCUUUACGUUGCCGGUUAUGAAGCUCCAAGGUGAUUAUAGUUUAUUUGGACGCAUUUUGCUUAUACCGCUGAAUGGGCGUGGUCAGGUGUUUUUGGAUGCAGAUAACAUGACAGUCACCAUGCACACAAAGACGCGGCUGUACACGAAAGGCGGCUUCACAUUUUACAAUGUGACCAACUGUCGCGUGGACUUCAAAAUUGAUGGCCUAAAAUCGUAUUUCUCCAAUCUGUUCAACGGCAACAAGCAAUUAGAGGACAGCACCAACAAAUUCUUCAACGAUAAUUGGCGCAUGCUGGCGGAUGCUCUUUACACCGUAAUCACACAGACCAUCGAGGAUAUUCUGCUAGAUGUUCUGAAGAAGAUAUUUCACUUCAUACCAGCGAAUUACUUUGUCAGCGACAUACCCACGCCGGAGCAACUGUAUGGCAAAACAAAGCCGAGGCCAAAGUGAAUAUUGUUCAGAAUUUUGAGAGUUUUUGUGUUAUUUAUUGGAUUUG